AAUGUGUUAGCAGCCUGUGCGUGACGUCAUGCCCGGGUUUCAGUGUCAUUAGUUGCCGCGUCCUGUGCUACUGCUUCUGCAUGUGCAGUGACAACAGAACAUGUCAGAAGAUUUGAAGAAAAGAUUAGAAUUUCCUAAUUCUCUUAUUCAGACACAGGCAGUUGCUCACCUAUUGGCUUCUGUUCUGAAAGAAAAUUCUUCCUCGGAGAUCAUCAAACAGUCUUCAGCUCAGACACCUGCCCUGAAUAUCCUAUGGGAGAAGUGCUGCUGUGACAAUGUGGUAGUGAGGACAGCCUGUUGCGAAGCCCUAGUGACGUUGGUGGAACAGAAACAUGCAGAUCUCACCUAUGUCCUUAAUGGGAUUUUAAAUCUCAUCCCCUCUGCACGAAAUUUGCAGGGAUUGGUGAAAUGUGUUUGGAAGUUGCUUCACAUUGAGGCCAAGAAUGCAGGGAAAGGUGAAGAGCAGACUUGCAAGAGCACUUAUAAAAUCUGGAAUCCUCCUCAUCCAUUUAUCAGCAUGCUGGAAAACAGACCCAACUGCUGGCCAGUCCUCCUGCAGCAAGUCUCUGCGGUCCUUCCGUGCUGCCCAGAUCGGGACCAACCAUCCAGUGUUCACAUUUUGACACCUUUUCUGAAGUAUCUGUUUUGUGAGCCAUCACAGCUGCAGGAGUACUCUGCUUUCCGCAUGGGCAUCAGGAAAGUCUUACUUCAUUCUGAUGCUCCAACUAAGUCCAAGAGGCCUUCAGUUGCAGAAGAGCAAAUCCUUCGCCUAUUGUUUGACUUGAUAAGCUAUAUGCAACUUACAGAUUGGAUACAAGUGACAGAGAUGUGCAUGUACAUGAAGGAAUUGUGUGCCAGGUUUCAGCAGCACCCUGAUUUCUGGAGACAUGAGCUGUGUCUGCUGUCACUGCAGGCCCUGUGUGCUUGUGAAAUCAGCUUGAAAAUCACAGGAGAUUGUUCCACAUUCAUACACUUACUGGAAGAAAACGUAACUCUGCUGAAAGACAGUUUCCCCAGAGAGCAGACUUUAACUGGGAUCAGCUUGCUCCUCCUGGAGGCUCCAGCCAGUCAGCAUAAACAAAUCUUGAAUUUAGCUGUAAAGAUUUUGACGUGCCAAGAGGAAAAGCAUGCUUCAGCCAUUGCUCAGGUUCUAGUUUUGCCAUUACUGCAAGUGUUAUCAUCCUCAACCUUAGUAGAUUGCAUCAGUGAGAAGGAUGGAGGAGUGUCUUUGCAGCACUUGGCACAAACACUUCUGGAAAAAAUACAAGACGUAGACAACAAGGAGAGCGAGAACAUGCCCUUUGUGAUGCUGCCUUUUCCUAUGUCCAGCUGGCACUGCACAAUGACUGUGACCUUGAACAUGUUAAAUACUCUUAAAGAAAAUAGAACUGCUACAUGCAGCUGGUUGACUUCUGUGUCUUCGAUGCUGCCUUUCACUACUAAUGUCCCCACACACAUAUCACUGCUGCUGGGAUACCUACUCAUUUGUGAGUCGGGACAGAAUUUCUGCAAAGUGCUAAAGGUCAUGAGCGGAGUUGCCAAGGCGGAUUCUUCGCAGGUGCCAUACUUAGUUCCAGUUUUGAUGUACAGACUUGGCCGUUUUCUAGAACCUGAAUUAUCACGGGAAAUCCUGUACACUAUACCCACGUUUGGUACACAUAAGGUGUGUGUGCCUCAGAUUCUGCGGGCUUUACAGAUGAUAGGCAGCACAUCCAAACUUCAACCCAUCACCCUGCGCCUGAUGACAUUGUUGUGGGAAAAACAGGACCGAGUCUAUCCAGAGCUGCAGAAGCUGAUUGCCAAGGCUGACUCCCAGUGUCUGUCAACUGGGAAAGACAUUCAGUGGGAAAAAACAAUAGCAAAAGCAGCAACCAUCAGAGACAUCUGCAAGCAAAGGCCUUACCAGCAUGGAGCUGACAUGCUAUCUGCUAUCACCCAAGUCUUGAAUGAAUGCACAAAACCUGACCAGGCCACUCCCGCAGUAUUAGUACUGCAGGGGCUUCAUCAUUUAUUCCAAGCUGAGGUGGUGGACAUUCGGUCUACUUGGAAUGCUCUAUCUCCUAAACUAGGCUGUGACAAGCGACCCCUGGUGCUCAAAGUGUUACAUGAAGUCUUUGCCUUGGUCCCCUCCUUAAUUGUAAACACAGAAGACUAUGAUAAAUUCAAAGCCGAGGUUAUCAGCAUUCUCUGGAAUCACACUCAGAGUAAAGAUCUCAUUGUCUGCACUUCAGCUUACAAAUCACUCUGCGAGUUUAACUCUGAUGAACAUACUAUCCUUCAUCUUCCUGAGCAGGCCAGACCCGAGGUGAUUCCAGUGGACGAGUGUGAGGUGGCUGGUGAAGAACAGGAAAAGGAGGUAGACCUCUCUGUCCCUGGCUCGUCAUACAUAAAACUUAUGGCACUUUCACCUUCUUCUGUAUUACCAGCAUUUGAAGAGUUCCUGUCAUCGUUGGUGAAGCAGGAGAUGACGUGUAUGCCGCGCGGUAUUUAUCAUAACGCCCUCCGGGGCGGAACUAUAAGAUCUGACCAGGGCAAAACAAUAGCAGGAAUCCCAAGUUUCAUGCUAAAAAUGUAUGAGAAGAACAAACAGCCCGGCCUAAAGCCAGGACUUGCAGCCGGCAUGCUGCUGUGCUAUGACCUGCCUGUUCAGAUGGACAGGGAUGGCAGACCCAUCAAUCGCUUCCUUGCCAGCAGGGGCCGCAGUUACCAGCAGAUGUUAACAGCUCUUAUCCAUGAGGUGAAUAUCCAGUCCUCUGAAUGGCACCGCUCCAUCCUGCAUCCCCAGUCAUGGCUUCGCUUCAUGUCAAGAACAUAUUAUGCUGUACUGCAGGGUAGACAGGCUGAGCUGGAGAUGCAGCUGAAGCAUGGGAAAGAUGACCCACAAGAACUCCAUUAUAAAACUUUUACAGCUUGGCUCUGGGUGAGAGAUGCCCUAACCGAGGUUAUCAGAUCUGCCGUCAAAGAUAGCCCUGUGGUGAAGGGGAAUGCCCUUCUAGCACUGACUGGAUUGGCUGUCGCUGUCUCUAAAUAUGAAAGCAGUCUUCCUUCAGAAACUGAUGGUGCCCCAGAGAUUGAACCAGAUAUCCUGCCCACUAGAGCUUGGCUUUGUAUGGUGCUAGAUACACUGCUAAGUAUUGUCAACAGCCACUACCAUCCCAGGGGCAGAGUCUUUCCAUGGUUCCAACAUAAAUCCUACUCUGGUGAGAACACAGCUAGCAUCAUAGCCCGCUCCUGCGCUGCCACAGCCCUCUCACUCCUAGUCCCAGUGCUUGUUGUGCAUUUUAAGGAAAAGGUGGAAGAAAUUCUUAGUACUCUGACAGCCAGGUUACCUGGGAGGCCAGAAGCAGAUGAUUCCCAACCUCUCCAAGUGCACAUGGGACUGGCUGUGGGAAUGUUUCUCUCCCACCUGUGUGAAGAGAAGGUCAGUGAUACUUCUGGUCAGCAGAUGAACUUGCUCAUAAUGAAGUCACUGGAUGCACUAGAGGCUUGCUGCUUUGACUCCAGCCUGGACCACAACAUUGGCUGCAUUUUAGGAGUGGGCCUGGCCCUGACUUUCAUGAGUCAAAACAGUCAGACUGACAGCCAAGUCCAUGUCUCAACCACUCUCCGUAAGCUCUACAAUUGCCUGGAUAAUAGUACUGACCUCAGCCGUUCUGUACAGGAGGUCCUCUCAUACUCAGUUGCCUGUGUCUCUGUAUCAGCCUUCAGUGCAGGCAUUCUUGGUGCUAAGGAAGCUGAAGAACAUAUGAAUAAACUGCGAAUAUUGACAGAACAAAACCAGCAGACUCCAGGUUUAGCUCUUGCCCUAGGAAGUAUUGUCCAUGGCCUGUCUGUGUGUGGUCAUGGAAAAGCAGAAGACCUGAAUAACCGGUUGCUUCCUGCCUGGAUAAAAAUCCUACUUGCAGAGGGGUGUCCUACCAUGCAACGCCUAGCUGCCCUCAAUGGACUUGUUUCACUAGUUGGAUCUGAAUCAACACUCAUACAAAUGAAAUCUGAAGCUAUCCAGUCAUCCCUAUUCCAAAGCAAACUUAAUGAAGUCAUUAAAACAAUUACUCAGAUCAUCAACUUUUCUGGGGUGGUUGGGAUACAAACGAAUGCAGCCUGGAUCCUCGGACACCUUCACCUAGCCAGUCUGUCUUCAUCUCAGAGCAGAACUUCUGUUCCCCCAGAUUUCAGCUACCUGCCUGAAAGAAGUUUAAUACGAAACGUUGUGGAUUUCCUAAUUUCAGCCGGAAAGAAAGGUCCUGAAUCAAUACCCCCAGCCCUGGUCAAGGUGUGUGUGUCUUCUGUUGCUGCAGCCGCUGAUGGGCAUCAGUACCCUCCUGUUAACUGGGCGUCCAUACUUGCUCCUCUUAUGAGACUCAACUUUGGUGAAGAAAUACAAAUGCUUUGUGUUCAAAUAGCAGUGACUCAGGCCCAGACCUCCCAGAAUGCAGCAGUGCUACUUGGAAUGUGGGUGAUUCCGCCCUUGGUUUACAGCCUUACUGUUAAAACCCGCUCCUACCUGCUUAGCUCAGUAUCACAGUGGAUGAAGUAUGUAUCUGAGGAUAAGCUGCAGAGCUUUGCUGAUGCGUUCAUGAUUACACCGUUUGAGGCCCAGAGUAAGUCAUGGGAUGUGGAGAUGUCUAACACUAUUCUGUUAGGUCUGAGCCAGGCAAUGAAGCUUCCCAGUCCCCCACAACACUGCUGGAGCUUCUUGUGCAAAACCACAGAGCGGAUCUACCAGCUAUUACCAGAUGAGAUACAGAGGACAAAUGUGGAGCUCUACAUUGAAAUUGCUAAAUGCAUCUCAGAAAUGGCCGAUAGUGAGAUUGAACGAAUUUGCUGCAUUUCCAAGGAGUUCAUCACAAAGUCUACAUUGGUGCGAGUGUAUUUGAUCUCUCAGGGUCGCCUACCAUUUUCAUACCUGAGUGAUGUGAUUGGAGUGGCCGCAGAGUGCAAGGAUAAGCAGACCAUAAUCUGGCUGUUACUGCAAGCUUUCUAUCAAGCACGCGUCAUAAGCCACCCGAACACGGGAGUUCUGAAGAGAAUGGAAUGGUUGCUGGACCUGAUCAGUCACAUCAGAAAUGUAGCCCAUCAGUCCAUCCAGUUGCACAAUGUUCAGCUCAGCAUGGCAGUGGAUUUUCUACUACAUGUUUUUGCCACAUCUGUAGUGUCUUGGUGUGAUCAUGCAAUUCCUUUACUUCUCGGAGUCCAUGGAAGCUGGUUACCAUGGAAAUGUGACUCUCCCAUUACCCCUGGAGGUUUGGGAAAGAAUUCUCUGGACAUAGUGACUGUACAUGAGUGUUUAACAGCAUUGCCCUCUAGUUUGCGGCUGUUGUUAGCCAAGGAACCAUGGAAGGAACACACGCUAAAGUUUAUUGACUGGCUGAUGACUCUCCUUGAAAGUCCUGAAGAAGCCUUAUCAGAGUCAUCAAGAACAGUUUUAAAAGCUGCUCUUUUCAACUUGAGAGACUUCCCAGAGUUUAAGAGGAAAGCGGUGUGGACUAGGGCUUAUGGCUGGUAGUGGCUUCUGUUGUUGGGUUGUCUAUGAUGCACAUGGGUCACUGAUGACCAGCCACGAGUACCAUUGCUUUUCAUACGUAAUAUGGGGCAUUUCACCAGAGACAAAUAUAAGUAAAAGGGAAUGAGCAAAUUAUUACAUGGACCAAAGUGUCAUGUACAUCAAACACCACAGAGUUUUAUGUAAUGCCUUUUAUUUAUUUCCACAGUGCCUAUGUAAUACAACCUGAAAUAAAAAGAACACAUUCAAGCCAA